AUGAGGUGGCUUCUCGUCUUUCUGCUCAUCUUCCCAACAUCAAUAUUCACCACAGAAUGGGAUGCCUACAAUUUUCCAAAUCCCACAGCCGGACAAUUUCAAGAAUGUAAAAUGAGAACGACAGCGAAUAUCUGCGAUCCAGAUGGAGUGCUCAGUGAACAAUCAAGAUAUCGAUUGGAUCACGAUUUGAAACAAUUGGAGACUCGUACUCGUCAGGAUAAUGCGAGAACUUUUUGCGAUAAGAAAGGAGUUACUGCAGCAAUGGCAGUAGCAAAACACGUGAAAGGAGGAACCACAGAAGCUGUCGAAACGAUGGCAAACGAUAUGCUUCGUAAAUGGACAUUGGAUCCCCAGUGUAAGAAAGCAGUUGUGAUAGUCGUGUCGACGGAUGAUAUGAAGUUCUGGGUGGCUCGCGAUGACAAAGUCCCCGUUUACGCCGACGAGUUCACACAGAUUUUCAUGCAACAAAAAUCUCUGUUCCAACAACAAAACUACCAGCAAGCACUGACAAACAUUCUGCAAGCAACAUGGGACAAAGCUCUCUCCAAACAAGGAUCUCCACGUCAACCAAAUCGUGGAAAUCAAGGACCAGGAAACCAGGGACCCGGAAAUCAAGGAGGCGGCGGGAAACCAGGAGGUGGAUUCAAAAUGCCAUCGAUUCCCGGAUGGUUCUGGCUUCUUCUCGUCGGAGUCAUUCUUCCAACUCUCUGCUGUUGCUGCUGCAUUUAUUGUUGUUGUUGUCGCGGAAGAGGUGGCGGUGGCGGUGGCCAACAAAGACAACAAAUUCCAACUGAUCCAAUGGGCGGAGGAGGCGGCGGAUAUCCACAACCACCACCACAAGGAGGCGGUGGCGGCGGCGGUGCCGGUGGAAUGUUCCGUAACAUUCUGUCAUCUGGAGGUGGUGCAAUGGCUGGAUCGAUGCUCGGACGAAUGUUCUCCAAUCGUGGAGGUGGCGGCGGAGGUGGUGGCAUGGGCGGCGGCAACCGUGGAUAUGGAUUCCAGGGCAAUUCUGGAAAUCAAGGAGGCGAUCAACCAGUGUAUGAUGACAACAAUGGACAAGGUGGUGGUGGAUUGUAUCCAUCGCAAGAGGUUAAAGACCGUGGAGGCGGUGGCAGCUGGGCUUAA